AUGGUAUUUGCUGUAGGCGCUCACCUCUUCUGGUGGCUAUACAGAAGUCCAUAUAGAGUUGUUGACCCUUCCAAACCCUGGCCAGUACUGCUGUGGCACCAAGGAGGCCCCGGAGCCUCCGGUGUUGGAUUUGCAAAUUUCAGAGAAAUCGGACCACUGGAUGAGAAUUUGCAGCCCCGGAAUUUCACAUGGCUUCGAAAAGCAGAUCUCUUAUUUGUGGACAGUCCAGUGGCAACAGGUUUCAGUUAUGUGGAGGAUGAGAGCUUAGUAGUGAGAACAGACAAUGAAGCAGCAGCUGAUCUCACCACUUUGCUGAUAGAGCUCUUCAAUGGGAACGAGACCCUCCAAAAGAGUCCUCUGUAUAUCUUUGCAGAAUCAUAUGGAGGCAAAUUUGCUUCUGCCCUUGGAGUAACAGCUCCAGCAGCUAUUGAAGCUGGAAAACUGAAGGCCAACUUGGGAGGAGUUGCUUUGGGGGAUAGCUGGAUUUCUCCUGAGGACUUUGUGUUCUCAUAUGGACCUGUUCUUAAAGUCAUUUCGCGAAUCGAUGAGAACGGCUUGAAUCAAUCCAACAGUUUAGCCCUGAAGAUCCAGCAGCAGCUUGCAGAAGGCAAAUCGGAAGAUGCCACGGCAACAUUUCGAGACCUGGAGCAAGUCAUCCUACAAUACAGUAAUAACGUGGACUUUUACAACUUCAUGUUAGAAUUUGAGAGCAACUCUACGGUGGUGAAAGAGAGUAGAAGUAGCUCAACUAGAUACACAGAGAGAACCUCAACUGGUGCAUGGGCAGCCAAUAGUGACUUCAGAAGCUUGAUGAACGGGCCGAUCAGAAAGAAGCUAAAGAUCAUCCCAGAUAAUGUGACGUAAGUUCCAGAAGACCAGAAAUGUUUGACAGAUUUAACUCUGCUUGCAGUUUGACACAAUCCUUUAUAUUGAUCUUUUCCCGGGUCAAUCAAAAUUCAUCUGUGUUGUAGAUGGCAAGGACAGUUUCGCCUGGUUUUUCCAGCCAUGUAUGGAGAUUUCAUGAAACCAAGAAUUGAAGAGGCAACAGCUAAUCCCAGUAUAAACAAGGAGAGACAAGAACCUGAUUUUAGUUUUCCGUCGUCUGCCGCCACAGAGAUUAUGAAGUCUCAUAAAAUUUUUCUCAGGGGGACAAGCUUUUAGCCAAAGGCGUAAACGUCACCAUUUACAAUGGACAGGUCAGGGUUUUUCCAUGAACUUUUCCGUGCUCUUCACGCAGUCCCAUCGCCGACUGAGUUUGCCUCCACAUAAUCUCAUUCGACUUCCUAAUGCUGCAGCUAGAUCUCAUAUGUGCAACAAAAGGAGCAGAAGCAUGGGUCAACAAGCUCAAGCGGGACGGUCUGAGCAAUUUCCUGAGUGAGGACCGGGUCCCUCUAUACUGUGGAAAAGGUUUUACGGGGACGAAAGGAUUCGUG